AUGCGGAGCUUAGCCCAGGGCGUCUGGGUUCUUUUAUUCUUUAGCUUCAGUAUGGGUGAAUCCAGGGCUGUCCCAGACUACACAGGAGCAAAUCGUAGCCUGCAGCUCCAGGCACUCAAAGCAGGUAUACUGGAAUACCUGGGAAUGGACAGACCACCAGAGCCCAGAGAACGGGCCUCCCACCACCAGCUGAACACAAUACACCAGCAGUACAGGAGCAUGCUGGCUGAACAGGCAGGAACAACACUACUCCUUCAGACUACAGUGCAUCCACUGGGUCCUGAGCAAGUUCAGAUUGCAACCACGGGCCCUAUCCACUGGUUCAGGGCCGUCUUCCGCAGGGACACCCGCAUCACUGAGGACUUCACACUGGUACAAGCACAGCUGCUGUUUCUGAGACGACCUACAGACAGUGCCAUCUACGAUCGACCACUGCUUAAUCAGAACAUUCAAAUUAGAAUUCACAAAAACUCCAGUUCAUAUUUGGAAAAAGUGUUUGAUUUAAAAAGGUUAAGGCCAAAGGGACACAACAUUUCCCUGGAUAUGACGGCUGCAGUUGAGGAAAGACUAAGACACAGCAGUCAUGCAUUAUUAACGGUGGAUCUGGGCUUUGUGACAGGAGAAGAAGGCAGUUCUGAACCCACACCAAGACUCUGCUUAGAACUCGAGUUCUCGGUGGGGAAGGUAAGAAAUGCUCGGUCCGCUAACCACGAAGACAAUCACUGUAGUCAGAAGUCUCUCAGCGUUUCCUUUGAGGAGAUUGGCUGGUCAGACUGGAUUGUUGCUCCUUCUGCCUACACAAUGCACUUCUGUGAUGGUUCCUGCCCACACAAUUACAAACCAGCCAGCAUGCACACCCAGAUAAAGUCUCGUCUCCAUCGCCUGUCCAAGGGAGCAACACCUGGGCCGUGCUGUGUGCCUGCUGCUUAUGAGCCCAUGGUUCUCAUGCAUUAUGACAGUCGUGGGAAGCUAAAAGUGUCAUCUUUUGAUGAUUUGAUAGUUAGCAAAUGCCACUGUGCUUGA